UGCGAGCCAGAGUGGUGUUCACUUCGUCAAAAAUUGUGUUUAAACUAUGAACACGAAAACAACAAGACGAAAAAAAUCGUCGCUUACUGAAGUCAAAGUUGCAGUAAUUGGUGCACCUGGUGUUGGGAAAAGUGCUCUGUCAGUUCGAUUCCUUACCAAGCGAUAUAUUGGAGAGUAUGACCAUCAGUCAGAAACUCGGUAUAAACACGAAGUUUUAGUAGACGGCGAACCAGUCCUUUACGAAAUUUUAGACACGUGUCCGAAGAACGAAGAUGAUCUUCCUUCUAGCGAGAUAACAAACUGGGCUGAUGGUCUCCUUUUCGUUUACUCCAUCACAAAUCGCCGAUCUUUCACUUAUCUGAAACGUGUAGGAAGCUUGAUAGCAGAUUCUGACAUUCCUGUUUACAUAGUUGGUAAUAAAAAUGACAUGGUUCAUUUGAGGGAAGUUAGUGCAGAAGAGGGUGCAAUGUUAGCUAGAGACUUUGAAUGUGGAUUUUCUGAAGUAACAGCUGCUGAACAAGUUGCUCCAGUUGCUGUUGUUUUUCAGGAAAUAUGUCGGGCGGUUUUGGCAGCUAGGAGAAAAUCGAAACAUUCACUCCUUGAACGAAUGCUUGGAUCACGAACUAGCAAUUUGCGGUUGUAUGUCAGAGGGAAAAGUGAUAGUGCGUUACCAAAGGACUGAUAAUUGCAUUGGUGCAAACCCCAAAAUAUCUCCUGAAACCUAGUUGUGAAUUACUUAUUAAUUUAGAUGAAGAUUUUAUUUUACUUGAGAAAAAAUAUUUUAGCUUCUUGAAGAUGUAACUUUCAUUUUCUGUGUUUUCACAUGCUUUUUAAAGCCACACAGUAUGUAUUUUUUUUGUUUUGUUCAGUUUAAGAUGAAAAACACAUAAUUUUUGGCUUUUAUACACGGCUUUCAUUUAAAAAGAGCCAGUCUCAAUAACUUUUGACAUUGAGUAAAUGUAUUUUCGACCAAAAACAGGUCGAUUAGGAUCGGGAGGGGAAGUUCAAAACCAACAUUUGUUACAUUUUAAGUUUCAUCCCCUAGUCGCUAGCCACCCCUACUAUAAAACUUUAAAUGGCACUUCCUACUUUUUAAAACGUUUUCGUAAAUAGAAAAAAAUUAGCGUAUCUAAAUGUCAAAUUUUUUUUUUGUCGAUUUUUUUUUAGUUAGUGGUGAUUUAAUUCUUGAAAUUUUUAGUCCUAGUAGUCUUUGAAUUAACUCAAUUUAAAUAAAAAAUAUGUCAAUUAGGAGAGUUCAAAACCAACAUAAAAAACGUUUUAGGUUUCAUCCCCUAGUCACUAUCACCCUUACUUUAGAAUUUUAAAAAGCACCCCCAACUUAUUGAAACAAUUUUGGGAAAGAGGGAAAAAGAUUAUCUAACCGUAAAUAAAAAAAAAUAUUAUGUCGAUUUGUUUUUGAGUUAGGGGUAGUUAUGUUUUUAAAAUGUUUGGUCCUAUUAGCCUUUGAUUGCGAUGGAAAACUAAAAAUACUUUUUAGGUUCCAUUCCCUAGCACGCCCUCACCUAAAAAAAUAUAACUCAAAAACGAAAACACAAAAUAUUAUUUUUCAUUUACGCUUAGAUAAGCUUUUUCUCCUCUUUCCAAAAAUGUUUCAAAAAUUUGGGGGUGUUUUUUAAAAUUUUAAAGUAAGGGUGGUUGGUGGUGGUGGUAGGGGAUGAAACGUAUUUUGGUUUUGAACUCUCCCAUCGCAACCCAAAUCGACAUAUUUUUUAUUUAAAUUAAAUUGAGUUGAAUCAAAGGCUACUAGAACUAAAAAUUUCAAAAAUUAAACCACCCUUAACUGAAAAACAAAUCGACGAAAAAAAUUUUCUUUGACAGUUACAAACGCUCACUUUUUCCCUUUUGAAAUGAAAGCCCUGUAUGCAUGUUUUUGUUUUAUUUUUUGUAUCUUUAUUUUACUUAAUUUUUUUGCAUACCAGGUGAAUAAAAAGUAUGAAUACUUAAAUUAUU